UUUCGUUGAUAGGAGCUCACAACUUUCCCUUCUCUCCCCUCUGCAAGCUUCAACUUUUAACCCCCAAUCCGAACUUGAAGCCGUCAAGGAGCUCAAAAACCUGAUCUUGUAGCAGAAGGCCGACGGAAUUUUUCAAACUCCGCUCAGGUUACGUUGGGGAGGAUGAUCGUAUGCGUCGCCGUCGUCGGACGUCAGAACAACCCGCUGUACUUACAGAGCUUCACCGAAGCAGAUGACGCCUUGAAGCUUCAUCACAUCGUGCAUUGUUCAUUGGACGUGAUCGAAGAGAGGGUAAACAAUCCUAAGAAGAGUGGGCCUACUUUGAAUGAGACAUUUCUUGGACUUUUAUAUCCUACAGAAAACUAUAAAGUAUAUGGAUAUUUAACCAACUCGAAGGUUAAAUUCAUCUUGGUGACAACUGAUUUGGAUGUUAGGGAUGUCGAUGUCAGAAGCUUUUUCAGGAGGUUCCAUUCUGCUUAUGUUGAUGCAGUCUCCAAUCCUUUUCACGUUCCUGGCAAGAAGAUAACCUCAAAAGCUUUUGCAUCAAGAGUCACCACCUUAGUCAAGUCUUUCGGUUCGACCGCGCCCGCCUGAUUUUAUAAAACAAUCUAUGUUCUCGUUCCAGUAACGUGUCAAAAAUAGUUCCUGACUAUUUACAUGAGGUUAUUUUAGUCCCGAAGUCUAUAAAAGUGUCAAAUCAGUCCCCAAAUAUUUUUAACACUGCUAAAGAAAAUAGUAGUUUGCACGUGAAGGCAGUCUAAGUUGAGGAGUGGAAGAGAGUUGGAGGAAGUGGUUUAUAAAGAUUCUGAGUUUGCGAAAGAGAAUGUGGAACCUAAAAGACUUGUGGAAGACCUUUCCAAAGAUUUGGGAAAACCAGUUUCACCCACUACGAGGGAGUAACUAUUUUAGCCCCCAUUAAAAAUAUAUAGAGACUAAAUUGGACAAAUUAUUCCAUACGGUCAGCGCAUGCAAGAGUCCGAUCUCGGCUGUCGGUCACAACUUUUUGGUUUUUUUUUAUUAUUAUUUUUAGUAGGGUCCACCGAAACACAACU